UCGUUCGCGAAUCUAGAUGACCUUAAAUUGAGACGAGCUAGCUGGCUCUGUAGCCGGAGAGCGAAUGUGACGACGUGUUGUGGGAGCAGUUAGCAAUGGAGCAAGGACGGAGGAGCGUCACCGAGGCAGGGGAGGCGCACCUCGACGCCUGUCGGCCUUUUAACUUACUGAAAUAAAACUGCUGUUAUUUAUCUGCAUGUACGUGGAAGGGGUGUAAAAAAAGAUUGGGGGGCAGCGUACAGUAAUCAGAAACCGAAUAUUUAAAAAUAGCUUCUAUUAAACUAUCACUGUAGGCCCUUGAAUGAUAUUGAUUCUGCUCAUAUAUUUAAUAGUGCCUCAUUACAACAAGAACACACCGGUUUCCUGUUCUAUUAAGGCGUGACUGCUGCCACUAUCCUGUGUGAAGGACAUCGCUCAGACAGCUAUCAGUUUCCGCAGGGACAAUGGACGACUCUUCCCACUCGUACGCCUCUGAACUUGGAGACAGGGAGGAGACGCAAGCUCAGCUACACAUCAGCAGGGAGCACAUAUACUCUCACAGGCUCCCCGUUAACGCCGCAGAUCAAGAUGCGUUCGUCUGCCGGCUCUGUCACCGAUCUUUUACCUGCAAACAAGGCCUGGAACAGCACACGCACCUCCGUCACCCGUGCGAAUCUUUACAGGAAGUAUCCACGACAAGUACGAACGACCAGCACCAGGAGGGCAGGAUCCACGAUAACCAGCUGCAGCCUGCUGGAAAAGAAUAUGCCAAGCUGCCGCAAGAGGAAAUCCCCCAGGAGUUGCCAUGUGACUCAUUUCAACAACAGACUAAGAAAACGUUCUCCACAGCUGUGUUGGAAAGUAAUGAAAAGCAAGGAGCUCGUUACAUGCUCGACGUGUCCAGUAACAUUUCAGAGAACCUUAGCUUUUACAUUGACGGGAAGAUACUGUCAACGAGCACGGUGGAAAACUGCGAGAUGGAGAUCCGCUCCGGGUCCUCGGCUUUGGUUGGGCUGGACGCCCUAAUUGUUGGCCAAGUUUUAAACGCGGACGCAGACAUGCCCGGCCAACAACAAUCCAAGAGAAGAACCGCGACGCCGCCUCUCCUGCCUCAGAUUAAAGCCGAGCUGCCGUCUGGGGUGGUCGUGUCUUCGUCCUCGCUCAUCGAGAAUCUGUUCCUUCAGAACGCGGAGUCCGCGAUCGUUCAGGAGGAGCACACGGUGUUCCUCUCCCCAAAACUAAAGCAGCUUCUUGAGAAGCAGGAGGGUUUCCAACCCACAGUGGCCCUCAUCACCGAUGAACAGAAGGCGCCGUCGCCUGUCUCACUCCCUGUCCUACCUUCUGGGACGGGAAAGUUUAGGAGAAGGACGAGCUCUCCAACUGGCUCCCCGCAGCAAGUUCUUGCCGCAAACGAAGAAGCAGGAGAGCCAGAUCCAUUAGAUUUGGGCGAGGGAAGUAAAAGACAGAUCGAGGGUCAGCGUCGGUCACCCGUCCAGCAAACGGGGCUUGAGAAUAAUGACACGACUCAGUCGGCUGCCGGGCCAGAAGGGAGUCCCGUUGUGUCCGAGAGCUGGGCCCCGGCGACCGGCGGCAAUCCCUGCAACCAGCGACCCCUGGAUCUCUCCAACACGGUCAAGAGAAACGAAGACGUCGCAUUAGCCGAUGCUGCGCUCGACUUGAGUUUACAGAGAAAGAGCCCCGGUGAACCCGAACCUCUGUAUAUGGGUCCUGAUUCCAGUGUGGUGGAAAAGGUCUUAAUAAGGAGUGGGGGGCAAAAAGUAGGCCAGGUGAAUCCGGACACCCCCGUCGACCUGUUGCAAGACUUAACUCUUGUAACGGGGUCGCAUGUUCUGAGCUCGCUGGAGCAUGUUGCCGAGGGCCUUGUUUAUGGACUUCCCUUGCCCUCAAACUCUCUGGCUUCCCUGGAGCCGUCGGCACCGUGCGCCAUAGCCUUUUCUUCUCCCGUCACCCACGCCGUGCUCCCUUCUGCUCCCUCGUUAAUCACCGUUUUGGCACCGCCUCCAUCUAUCUCCAGCCCUUCGAGCCAGCCAAUCCAGGUGCUCGGCCCCAACAUAUCCCCCGAGCCCCUGGUGAUCUGCACAGAAAACGCGUUAAAUUCGUCACAGUGCGAUUUGGCCACUGCUUUUGCCGCCGCUAACUCUGCAAACAUCGUCGCCCUCUCCCAGCCGUUCGACCCGACUCUGAACCUCCCUAGCCACGUGUUUCUCACCGAGCAGAUUGCACUCAACCCGCCGCUGGGUGAAUCGGCUCCUGUGUCAGAAGUGCCGUUCCCGUCCACUGUAACCUUAAACGACUCCCUACUGGACAUAGCUAGCAACACCGUCUUAAUAGAGUGUACAAUAGCGCUCGAGACCCCAGGAAGUGUCGUCCCAGCCGCAGUGACUCUACAGGAGAAUCCCGCUGAGCCUCCGCCACUCACUCAGAUGGUCAUUAAUCACACGGAGCAGCAACAGGUCACAUCCUUGCCCGAGCCUCAGACCGUGGACCGCGUUGUUCCUGCUUCCUCCAUCGCGGAGCCUGUAACCAUGACGCCCGACUCCCCUGUGGGGCCUGAUUCCCCUCCCGUGGACGACUCAAGACCUGGUCCAGAACCCGUUGUUAGUGCAGAGCCUCCAACCGGCCAAGUUGAGGAGGCACCAGAAAGGUCCGUUUCUGGGCCUGAAACGGCUCCUAAAAGCUCUCCACCCCCUCCUCCUCCUGACACAGCCGAGGAAGAGCUCUCAGAUGACGCUGCAGCCGACGCUGAAGAGCAGACCUUCACCAAGAAUUUCAUCUGCAACGUGUGCCACAAGCUCUUCCAUUCCAUGAAAGAGCUCGGCCAUCAUGUCGCCGAGCACGCCGACGAGUGGCCGUACAAGUGCGAGUUCUGCGUGCUGCUCUUUGGCAAGCCGUCGGCGCUGCUCGACCACCGGUCCAGCCUCCACGGGGUCGGGAAGACCUACGUCUGCAGCCUGUGCGCCAAAGAGUUCGUCUACCUUUGCAAUCUGAAGCAGCAUCAGAGCGAGCUGCACCCUGGCCAGCAGUGCUCCUACACAGAAGACGAAAAGGGAAAACUGAGGCCUCAGAACUACAACAACACCGUUAAAGUCAGCACGGAUCCCGCAGACGCGAGAUCGCCAGAGGAGUCGAAGAGGCCGGUGAAAAAGGAGGAAUCUGAAGCCGACGCGGCGGCCGACGAGCUCUUCACCACAAUUAAGAUCAUGACUUCGGAGGGAGGUAAAAUCAAAGGGCCGGAUGUUCGCCUUGGCAUAAACCAGCAUUAUCCCAGCUUCAAGCCGCCGCCUUUCCCUUACCACAACCGAUCCCCUGCCGGGUCACUGGCUUCAGCCACCAACUUCACCACCCACAACAUCCCGCAGACCUUCAGCACUGCCAUCCGGUGCACCAAGUGCGGCAAGAGCUUCGACAACAUGCCGGAGCUGCACAAGCACAUCUUGGCGUGUGCGAACGCCAGCGACAAGAAGCGCUACACGCCCAGGAAGAACCCCGUCCCCCUGCGGCAUUUCGCGAAAACCCAAAACGGCGUGCUGUCCACGACAAACUCCGCCAACGGCCUGAACACCGCGGUCAGAGUGAGCCGCUCCAAGCCAGGUCAAGAGUCGCCCGUCAGGAUCAAAAUCCUGAACAAGCGGAAGAAGAAGUUCGUCCAGAGGAUAAUGCCGCACAGGAACAAGUCGAUCCCCGCGGCCAACAAGCUGUCGCCUGCGCAGGUGGAGAUCUUCGUCUGCCCCCACUGCAGCCGGGAGUUCACAAUGCGGCGCAGCAGAACCAAACACAUGGCCGUCUGCCCCAGAAAGCCCAAAGAGAUGAAGAAAAGGAAGGAAGGAGGGAUCUCUGUCACCAAAGAGAACAACGAGCACUCUUUCCGAGGAGCGUCCCACUUAAAGGGGAAACUGCAAGCGCCGCCUCGGCACAACACCAGGCUGCAGACGUCCGGCUCCACCAAGAGGCCCGCCAUUCUGCCGGUGCAGACUGUCUUCUCAAGCAAGCGCAGUAAAAUAAUCAUCAAGGAGAGCAUACAGCCGAAGCCAGAGGCGCCCGCUCUGGCAGAGGUUCCCAUCCGCACCUUCAACCCGUCCAUGCGGCAGUACGGCAGGGUGCAGACCAGCGUCAAGAGGAUCCCCAUCAAAAUCACCAUCGUCAAGCCGCCGCAGAAAGAUGGCCGCCCUGCCUCGCAGGUUCAAGACGCAGCAGCCGGGGCCAUCGCCAGCUGCCCCGAGCGGAAAACCUCAGCUUGACCGACGUAGACCGGGAUGUGCAGGAUCUCUGCUGUAGGAAGCGCUUUUCCGUUGUUCUCCAGGGAGAAGUACUAGUGCUCACGCUGGAAGGCCCGGUGGACUCGUAGGCUGCAUCGUACUGUACAUAAAGGACCCAAUACAGAGCGCACGACGCGGAGCUUUUCGUGGAGCGAGCGCGCGCGUGCAAAUGUGCGAGAACCAUUUCAGUUGCUUGGGACUUGCGAGAAAGAUUUUCUUCACGGCAUUAAGCUUGAUGUCAACAGCUUGGAGCUGCACUUGGAGUCAAUCUGGCCGCCUCACGCCACAAAUUAGGAAAAAGGAAGUAGGAUGGACCGUGCCGCUCGCGUUGUUCCCCCUGAUGGGCGGUUUGAGAGCAUGGCAGGUGGCAAUCAUUUCUGGCAUGCACUUGCACUUUUUUCUUGUUUUGUACUCUGUUGCCUUUUGGUUUCAGUUCUGACUGCAUGCUGCGUUGAUUUCAGACGUUUUCUGUUAAAGCAGCUAGUUCUUCAGCGCUCAAUCCGAUCAUGGACCUCUUGAGUUCUGGUGGGGAAGGUAAAUAAUCUGGGUAAAUAAAUGGAACGUUUCCUGUUCAAAAAUUGUAAAUGCAGAGUUUUUUUUUUCUUCCUGAACUUAAAUUAACUGAAUAAUAAUAAUGAUAAAAAAGUAGCACUAUACAAAUGUAACCUUAGCCUGGAGCUCUACAUUUAAAGUCCUGAUAUGUUUUCUAAUCAUGAGCUGUUAGAAACACUAGCGGUCGUAUGUUUUCCAUGAUUCUAUGUAACAUUUACUGAGAUUAAUGCUGCAUCAUCGUUUUGUUUGACGCCCCGCUGCUACUGAACGAGUCUGAAUAAAAAUGCUCCUGCGUGCCAUCGUUUCCUAAAAAUGGCGACCUACAGCAUGACGGCGGUGAAAAGGUCUCAUCCUCAAGUGUUUCUCAGAUAAUCGAUAAUUUAUUUUGCUGCUUUUAACAAACUGAAACCAUUUUCUUAUUGAAAGUUGCUUUCACGCCUGCUCUUUGUGUAGGUUUUGUUCAGAGGUUUACGGCAUGCUCUGCAUGCCUUUUAUGAACGUUUUCCCCCAGGUUAAGUGCAGGGAUGCGUCGUCUCUUUACGGACAAAUGGGCAUUUUACAGAUUGGUGUGAAUAAACUUACAUCUGUGAAGUCCUGCCGUUUGAUGCGUCUGCACUGCAACCCUAACUAGAAAACACCGUGUGUGUAUCCUGUGAAGUCCGCUGCAUUUUUGACAGAACCGGUCCCAGUAGGUUGGUGUCUGCGCGUUUUCAGCCCAUGUACUAACUUGUUUGUAUGCUUUAUUUUGCACAUCUUCCCCCGGAUACUUAUCAAACCUUUUUUUUUUGUUUGUGCCGUUUUUUUUUUCCGUACUGUGACUGAAAGUCUAAUACGUUUGUUUUAACCUGGAAAUUACAAGCACUUCAUUUUUUUUGUUUCUAUCAAUGAAGGUUUUUGUCUGGGAGACGAUAUUCUUGUGGGAUAAAAAAAAAAAUGUUACACAGUGUCACAAAUCAAAAAAUUAUUGUUUUAUUUAAAGUUUUUCUUUCCUUAUAUCAGCUGAAGGUUUGAAAGAUAACUGCUAUACAGGGUAAUUAUUUUUCGUGAGACUGAACCACUAAUUUUGCAAUCCAAAAUCUGACAACUGUCUGUAUCUGGUUUUCUUUCUUUCUUGGCCUUUUCAGCCCGAGCUGUGGUGUUUUUUUUUCUCUAGUUCUGACUGUAACCUGUUGGAUGUGCAGGAUAGAUUGGGAGACUGAACUGUGAAAAGUGCUUGUAGCAUUUCAAAAUGUAAAUGGACUCGUGUAUAUUUAUUAAUAAUAAUUUAAAAUCAUGUUCUUGAAUGAUUCCUCUGUAUGAUUUGCACUAAAGGUUUUUUUUUGUUUUUUUUUUUUCAAGCAAGUGUUAAAAAAUAAAUUGAGAACGUCAAAGCAAAAAUGAGAAGUUGGUGUGACUCUGUUUAGAAAAUGU